AUGGCCUGCCAUCCGGAGCCAGCCAUGGCAAGCCACGAUAUGCAUGCGUUGCCCGUUCACUCGCUCGACAGCUGCUCGCACCCAUGUCGUCCAUCUCGAAGCUGCCCCCCCUCUCGACGCGGAAGUGUCCAUUCCUAUUCUAUUCUCAGGUGGGGUCCAACAGUGAGUGCGACCGCCUUUGGCGGCCCAUUCUCAUUGGAGCCUGUAAGCGCAGGUCAAAGUCUCACGCACUCGAUGUGA